AUGGACGAAGAAAGUGCACACAUGCAGACACUCAGCACCCAUAAAGGAGGGACGGUCGAACCUUUUGGUUUCCACGACAACGAACUAACACUACAAAAUGGUUGCAUAUUCAAGGGCUACAGGAUAAUGAUUCCAGAAGCUUUACAACACUCAGUGUUAAAUGAACUACAUGUUGGACAUCUAGGCAUGGAGAAGAUGAAAAUCCUUGCUAGAAGUUUUUGCACGUGGAAAAGUAUUGACAGAGAUAUUGAGCAAAUGGUACGUACAUGUAAACAAUGUCGACUAAAACAAAAUCAACCUGCAAAAGGACCGAAUCAUCCAUGGCUGACCCCUCAAGGACCAUGGGAGAGAUUACACAUAGAUUUUGCUGGCCCGAUACAAGGUCAGUGGUAUUUCAUUGUUGUGGACGCCUUUACCAAGUGGGUUGAAGUAAUCCCUACUAAAAACACGUCAGCAGAAUAG